GUGUUGAAAUCUGUGGUCGAAAUCGAUCAAACAUCUACUCGACCAAUAUGUCAUGAUAGCUGAUGAUAUACUCAAAUAUUAAUUGUUGAUCUGAAUUUGUUAGCUCGUACAAAAUGACGAUAACACAAAUCAAGAAUCUAUCAUAUCGACCUCAAGAUCUCGUAUACGACCCCCUUUUCGUCGUAUCUGGUCCAAGAGAUCAUUAUAAAGCUGAAGUACUAGCCAAAAUGGCAAUGGCAAAAUACCAAGUAUGUCCUGUAUUUUCCACCAUGUUUUCCGAUCUCCCCAGUUAUCCUCGAAAACAGUUGGUCUUACGGAAACCGAGAGAAAUACCCUCAUAUAAGCAACAGAAACAGAGGAGCGACCAGUAUUUCCGACAAAUCCACAACAAACCCCAUCCCAUCCACGGUUCCGAUCGUCCCAAAUUCUUCAGCUUUCCGAUCAUCACCUAUCCCAGUGACGUCAUCCCGUACCUUCAUUUUCCCGCGUUCACCCUGAAGAAGAUGCCGAAGGAUUACGGCGAGAUCAAGGACAAGGCUGCCGGCGGAAGGAUCAACCAGAACAUCCAGACCGAUUAUCGCGAAUCGGAGAUGCAGACCUCGCCUUGGCAGCCGGACUACAGGGUGUUCAGUAACGACGGCAGCACCAGUCCGCAACUGUUGAAGCUGGACUUUCUCAAAUGGGGCAGUGGCUUACCUGCUGGAAAAAACGAGGUAGUGCUCGUAGAGAGAGCCAGAAUGAAAAGAGCUUGGGAGAAGUAUUUACCACCACCAACGGAUGAGGCAACCUUGGCGAAAAGAAGAGAUAUCAUAGAAGCAAUGGAGAGGGACGAAUGGGCAUUUAGAGAACAGGAAAUCCACGAGAUCCAGGAGCUGCGCAUGAAGCUCCUCGAAGAGAUGCUGACGGAACUGCACCGCAAGACCAAGGAGCGGAACGAACUGAAGCUGAGGAACAUCGCGGAGAUAAAGAAGACGGAAACGGACGCCAAGAUCCAAAAACUGAGGAAAAACACCGAACGAGAGCUUAGAAAGCUGGAGUUGAAGCACAGGGGGGUGAAGACGAAGUACCACGCCACCGACGUGGUGGAGGAGCACGCUCAUCCGAAGUCCGAGCUCUAUGCGCCAUUGAUGAGGCACGGGGAACACCCGAUGAGAUGGCACCAAGUGAUGGACGAGAGGCUCAAAUAUUAUAAGGCGCAGUUUAUAGGAGUGGAAGAAUUCAGCACUUUACCCAGAUGGAUCAACAAGGCGACCAUCCUCAAAGACGAUUACAACACAGCAAAAUUACCGGGCACCCAUAUAUGCAUGAGGGAGACGAAAUGGACCACGCCAGUACUGAAGAAGCUGCACGAGGAACUGAAGAAUCUACACAAGACGACGAAGAGGAAGUGUACCCUCCGCGUGAGGAUAGACAGGACGAUCUCCGAAGCGUCAACGCCGGAAACGGACGAGCUGCCGGAAAUGGAGGAGGACAAGUACCAAGCCCUCAUCACGUUGCAGAGUAUUUUGAAGGGGCGAGCCUCACAAAUGUUGAUUUACGAAGGAAGAGACAAGUGUCGCGAACUGAUAAGGGAGUUGAAAUACAGCACGGGUUUAUUGGACGAGCAGAGGGAGAGGAUCGGCGAAACCAGGAAGAAAAUCAAACAUCAGCAGAGGGAAGAGGCCAUCCAACGCAACAGGAUCUCGAAACUGCAGAAGUCGCUGAACAAACUGGAGGGCAGCGUUGUCGGGUCGUUGUUGGACUUCUUGAACAAGGAAUUGAGGCGUCUUUUGGACGAGAGGAGAGCCCACGCCAUCUGCUUCUUGAAUGAGAGGGAGAGGAAUGAUAGGGAGGCUGCUGAGGCUGGAAGGAGGCAGCAAGAGCUCCGUAGGAGGAGGGAGCACGAUGAGAUGUUCAAGCAAAUGGUGAAAGUGCACCAGGACACCGUCGAUCUCUAUCUUCAAGACAUCAUAACGGAAGGGAUGGACUUUGCCUCAAGCGAUGAAGCGACAGAUUAUAUACAAAAGUUGACGCAGAGAAUUGAAAUAGACCUGAAUGCACAAUUAGAGAAGUCCAUAGAGGUCAGUGAACAGGAGGAGACCAUAGCAGAUUUGGUACACCACUUUGUACUUCCGGAAGUACAAAAACAAAUGGUCAGAGACAGGAUAAAGCUCAAGCAAACACAAAAAUUGAAGAGAAUCAACGAUACCUUAAUGGACGACCUGAUAGAGACACUACCGUCUCCAAAGAAAGCAGAAGACGUAGGACCAGAAGAUGAACUACCACCCUCAGGGUUCAACUUCAAAUACCAGACAGAAGGCGAACUUAUGGAAACAUUAUGGAAGGACGAUGAACAUCCAACUUUCGUAAGUGGGACGGUUUCAACGGUUCAUGACGAAGAAGAUGAGGAUAAGUUCAGGAAGGAAAGUGGAUCUGAUAUACGUCAAGAUGCAGAAACUGAAGAGAUAAUAGCGUUAGAAGAACUUGGGAAGGCAGCCGAUGAAUUGGAAAAGGAAGUAGAGCCAUCAGAUGAUAUAGGGGUGAAAACAGAAAAAGAAACUAGGGAUGAAACCGGAAAUGAAUCACAGGAUGUUGAAGUUGGAGAAACAAUAGGCGAUCACAAUAUUUCAAACUUAAAAGAUGAAACCUGAAAAUCUUUCUCUUGAAAUACCUACUAUCGUCAUCAUCUGUUGGGGAUUCAUCAGAAUAUAAUUUAUUUUAACUUCAAUUUAAUCACUUCAACACUGGUUACAUGUGACCACUUUCAUAGGCUUUGAAUAAAGUUUCCCCAUGUAGAA